AUUCCAUUGGCGGCUAUUUUCAUUUCCAGAUUUUCUGUCUCUUGCAGUGGUUAAUUGUACAAUGAAUACCGUAUUUACCAACCACAAUGUAUAUCCCAAAUAUAUAUUUAAUAAGAGUAAUUAUUCAACCAAUAAUUAGAUAGAAAGACAUAUAUUUACAGUGGGAAACAGAAUGCUAGAAGUCCAAAAUGAUGUCCAAGGACACUUUUUCUACAAGACUGUUUAACCACAACAGUUUAUCGUCUUCCCCAGAGACUUCUGUUAAGUGUUAGGAUAACAUUUUAUCUUGUGCGGCAACAUUUAUCUGUAAGCUGCUCAACAGAUUGUAAAAGAUGGAAGAAAGUCAAGAUGUACAAGAACUAUUCUUCACCAACCUGCAGCUUUUAGGUUUUAAUGUGGAGAGAAAAGAGGCAGAAGUCAGAAUACCUUUCAAUAAAAACAUGUUUGACUUACCAAAUCGCAGAGGGGCGGAGGAGGUAUUGUACUUCUUAUUCAGUCGACUGAACCCUGUCAUGUGUAAAGAAGAAUUUAGGGGCUGUUGGCCAAUAACAGAUAAACAGCAGGAGCAGAUGUUCAGACGAGGAUGUAACAACUGGUUGAGCAACAUAAACAAAGAGGAGCCAGAAGCCAUGUUACCAAGGAUUUCUCCCUCCUUGUUUCUGACACCAGGUGGAGCCAAAUUCUAUCAGCUCAUCUAUCGUUUCUCACGAUACGUCAUCUUACAAGUCAACGAAAAGGAGAAUGGAGCAAAAGAGAAGGAGAAGCAAAGGUAUCCAACUCUAAGCCAGAAGAACAAAGAACUUGCAGAAAAUAUGGCAGAUGUUUUGAUUAGCUGUGUCAUCAGGAAGAGGAACACUUUCCUGAAUACAGCACAAGAAAUAGUCUCCCUAAACAGGCAGUGGAAGGAGCAGUCCAAUGACAUGGUGAAGGAAUAUAGAAAGCUGAACAAAGAAAUACGAGACACAGAGUUAAAGAUCAGAGACGAGAUACACAAAUCCUCUCAGAUGAGCGCUGCUAGGGGUAGCCCUCUUGCCAAGAAACAAAGAUCAAAAUCAUAUGAGCCAGAUUUUGACCCCAAGUCAACAAAGAGGUCACAGAAGGUCAAUGAGGUGAGAGGUCUGUGGAAACAGUUGGAUGGUUUUCUUGUCAGUGAGGCCUCAGAGAGGGAAGUGAUAGAGUCAAUAGUGGAUACCUCCCUAACUAAAUACAGGAUAGACUCGGCCAACAUCUCCAUCAAAGUCCCAGACCUACUGCUGCGAGAGUGUGAGAAGGAAAUUAGGCAGGUCAGAAUCUUGUUUGAUAUGCUCCAUAUUAUAAAAGAGACCAUCAACAAAUUUGUCUAUCUGUCUUUUACACUUUUCCUGAAUUUAAUACAAGACCGAUUUCAAGACACUGGUGUUCCAGAUUUCACUACAGACAUUGAAAAAAUAACCACACUGGCCCACAAAAAUCACAGUUUACUAGUGGCUAGUCAGGAUCUACAGAAGGAGAUUGAGGGAGUUCUACCAGAACUGAAGCGCUCGGUGGAUCAGCUGAGGUCGGAGGUCGAACAGGGACUAACCACUACCCCCACACAACUUCGGACUUCAGCAGUAGGACUAGGACUAAUGGAGCCGACUCCUGAGGUAUCAUUUUCACCUGCUUCAACUGCACAGGGAAGGCAACCCACAGAAACCUCCGUAACACUCACACCACAUGAAAAUGCAACCCCAGAAGCAGUAGCCAGAAUCUCUGAGGAUAUUUCUGUUAGAGUCAAUCGAAUCAAACUGUUCAGUGAUAGCCCCAGGAUUUCUCAGUCAGAGAGGACUGUGAGCUCUACGAAGCUUCCUAGAAAACUUGCAGUGAACCAAAAGAGUAGUACCACAUGGCAAGUGGACAGGACAAAGCCCCGAGUGGUGGACGUGAGGGGUCAGUUACAGUCCACCCCCACCAAAGCCAGGAGGGAACAGAAAGUUAAUGCUCACAUAGGCCUAAAAGCAUUGGACUUGAAACAGGAUCUGUCCCUGAAUGAGAGUGAUAGGCUUUCUGCUGAUGUGUCAACUUUAGUGCAGAGGGAGCAAUCAACUCUGAUUACUUCAACAUCAAGAAAUUCUAGUGCACAAUCAACACCUAGGAAAAAUCAUUCUCUCAAUAAUUUUAAUAACAAUGAGCCAUUCUGUGAUAAAACCCCAACAAACAAAUAUAGAACUGAUGUUAAAGUGGAACAAGGUGGCAGCAUGCACAGUGACAUGAAUAAGUCAGCGACUGAUUUUUUAGUGGAUGAGAUAUUUGGGGAAACUCCUAAGGGGUCCCCACUCCGUGUCCAGAAGUCGCCAUCAGAUUAUCUGGUGGAGGAGGUCCUGUCCUCAGGUGUCCUCAACUCUCCGUUCAUGGACCAGUCACAGGAUAUAGAUGGGAAACAUUUCACUGAAGGUGAAUUGAAAAGUGAUAUUGGAGAAAGUAAAAAGAUGCUUCAUAUUGAGAAAUCAGUGGAGGAUUUAGAGAGAGGUUUGAGUGAAAUAAACUGUAGUGGUGACUUCACACGGACAGACAAAUCGGCCCCUUAUCUACAGCGGCCCCAUUCACCUGUGGCUGAAUUCUUAGAUCACUUGGAGUUUGAACCUACUGAAAAAAGUCAGGGAAUUUUAGAAAAACAAGUAGAUGCAUUAUCUGAUCUUGAGAGUUCAAGGUCAUCUCAAGGAUUAGAGGCAUCAGACAAAGAAAAUGUUGCCACCCCAGCAGCCUGCAUUGCUUCAGUACCAGAAUACCAGAACUCGGUCCUACCCUCCUUUGAUGAAGAGGUUGAUGUAGAGCUGAGACAGGAAGGAAUACCUGUACCUAUUACCCCCUCAGCGGGAAUCCCUAUCAUCAAAGAUUCUAUAAACUUCCAGGAAAGUCCCCUGUCAGAGGACAUUAGGAAAAUCUACAGGGAGGCCAUGGGAGGGGAGGAGUCCAGCGUGGGAGGCUCAAAUAAAGGUCAAGGUCACCCAGACAUUUUUGAUGAAUUCCUCUGUACUGCAGACAUGCAUGGAGACUUGGACAGUGUUGAAAUGCCUGUGUUUAGUCUGAACGAUUCUGCAGAGGACAUGGAGCCAGAAAACCAGUCCAGUGUGAUCUCUCCUCCUGUAAACUCUGGGCAGAAUGUAUCAGGGGCCAAAGAUGGUCAAAAACUAGUCAACAAUAGAUCUCCAAAGGUGUCCGACUUAAAUGGAAACCCUGUCCACCACCAUCUCUCUAGGGGUGUGGACCGCUUAAUAUUGGAUAGACAGCUGAGUCGGACCUGGGAACAACUGGAACUGUCAAUGGAGGUUCUGGACGACCUGAUGGGGAAAUCCCCGGAACAUCAGUUCUCCCCCUUCCUUCAGUCCCCGCAGGAGGGAUUUUUUGAUCAGCCUAAGAAAACAUCUUUUCCUGACUCUCCAGUGUGUCCUAAACCCAAAGACAAUUCUUCUGAGGCUCUAGAUACGUCAGACGACCUGGAUGAAUCCUUUGUUCCAUUUAAGGAUGGUUUUAGUCUGGAAGGGGGCACAACUCCAGCUAAAAAGAACACACAGAUAAAUUUAAACACUGAUAAAGAUGGUGGUGCAGGACCGAGCAGCACUGAUGAUUUAUUGGCUAGAUUUCAAAAACUUAAGCAGAAGACUUCACAGAUUGUCUCAGAUGGAACGUAACCUGCAUUUUUAAUGUCUAGUUGUGCAUCAAUGUACUAGUAUUAUAUUAGAAAAUUUUCACAUGUAUCCAAGUUUGAGUUGUAUGAAAUAUGUUGCUCAAACUUAUCCUAGUCUAGUUUAAUUUAUUGCAAAAAAAAAUGGAGACUUUUUCUUUGGAGAGUUGCAACUGUAUAUUAUUACUUUGAUUAUAUUUGGUGAGUAAAACUUGCAUUUAAUCGCUGAAAUAUAAAUGCCUGCUUUAAUUCCCAAACAGACUGAGUUUCCCUGUGAUAAAUACAUGUAUGUCUGAAUUUAAAGUAGGGAAUUUUUUUUUCAAAAUCAACUUUUUUUUCCAUUUUGUUAAAUACUACAUGUAUUACACAGGAAAUAUUUUUCUACAUAUUUAUUUUCAGCCUCUUUAGGUGAAUAUAUCUGUAAUAUUUGGUGUGUGUGUGUGUGUUUAAGUAUAGUUUUCAGACAUGGUUAUGGUAGGAAAAUUCAAUUUUGAUGUAAUAUUAUGUGAAAAGCAAAUACAUGUACAAUGAGUGUCAAAGUAGUUAUUCAUUAUUGUUUUUUAACCUUUUAAUUAGAGAUGGCAUUCAAAUAAUAUUUUGUAACCAGUUAAUUGUAAAUAUUUCUGACCCAGUAUCAAGUUAAUGGAACAGAUUAUGAUAAUACUAUUCAAAUUAUAUAUCAUUACAAAGCAAUUUUUUUUUUUAAAGGGCAAAUCUGAUAUUAAAUUAGAAUUCAUUUGGUUAAUUUUUCUUUAAAAAAGAAUCAUGUUGAUGUAAUCAACAACUUCCCUGCCUUUUCACAAGAAUUUUCUUGGAUGCCAAAGAUGAAUCACAGUAGAAUUAUUAAAUUAAAAAAAAUGUGGGAAUGUUGAACCAAUAUCUUUUCACCACUGAAAGUGAAUGAGGUGUACUUCUUAAUUAUUGACUCUCUUACACUAUUAUUUUUUAUCUUUGGAUAGUUUUAGGUGUAUUUAAAAAAUGCCUUCUAUGUGUUUUCAAGGUGUUGAAAAUUGCAAAGCUGUUGAUUAUAGUUUUCACAAUUAUAAGGGUGAAUUUUGGGAGAACAUGUUUUGAAAACAGUGGCAUCUUGUGAAAUGACAAAUUGUUUGAAUACAACAUUGUACUUUUAAACACAGUGCCUAAGGUUUUAUUUUCUAAAGAAGAGAAGGUACAUAUACUACAAAAAAUAUUAACUAACUGGUUAUGAAAAUUUUAACCAGUUACCAUCUUUUCUACCGAUUCGUUGGUUAACUGUUAGUUGUUGUCAUCUCUACUUUUAAUGCUUGUUAUUCUCUUAGUACAAUAUAGUAAAUUAUUUUUUAUGCAAUGUAAAGAACUUAAAAUGUGCACACAGAUUAUAUACCAAUAAUUAAAAUAUUACAAAAGAUUUUGUAUCAUUUGAGCUUUUAAUGACCACUUUUUGUAAACAAAAGGUUGUUUUUUUUGGUCGGUUUGCAAAAUAAAUCUCAAAUAUAAUCUGUAGAAUGACAACAUCUAUGUGUAUUUAUUUGUUUGCAUCCACAAUUUUGUCUAGAUGUUGAUUUAGCCCUACUUUGGGUAAUUAAUUUAUAGCAUACUCUUCAAAUUUCUUAUUUUAAUCAAUGAAAUG